UCCCUCGGACCGCUAACGGGCCCCCCGUCCUCUCCCUUCCCUCAAGUGGCCGAGCGGGUGCUGCAGCAGGACCACCGGCUACAGGGCUCGGAGCUGAACCUGGUCCCCCACUACGACGUCCUAGAGCCCGAGGAGCUUGCUGCGGACGCCAGUGGAGGGGACCACUCGGCCAAGUUGGGGUCUGGGGCCACUGAGCAUGCCUUUCUGGAGGCUGGAGAGCCAGCGAGGGCACUGGAGGGUGUGGGGACUGUGACCUUGGGCUCUAAGGAGGCACCAGGCCAAUCAGGAGCCUCUUUAAGGACAGAGCUCAUCGGGUCUCUGGGGCAGGCCGCGCCAGUCAGUUCGGGGCUCGUGGGGUCCUCGGACCAGGGGGGGCUAGAGAGCCUGGGGCUCUCGGGGUCCUCAGGGCAGGCCGCGCCAGUCAGCUCGGGGCCCGUGGGGUCCUCGGACCAGGGGGGGCUAGAGAGCCUGGGGCUCCCGGGGUCCUCAGGGCAGGCAGAGCCAGUCAGCUCAAGGCCUGCAGAGUCCCCAGGUCCCGUGGGCUCAGUGGAGAAUGCCCUGGGGCCUCCAGAGCGGGUGGGAUCAGGGAGCCUGGAGCCUGGGGCGCCCCCGGAGCAGGAGGGGCUGGUGGAGAUGGUGCUGUCGAUGGAGCCGGGCACCAUGCGCUUCAUGCAGCUCUAUUAUGAGGACCUUCUUGCUGGCCUGGGAGAUGUCGCCCUCUUCCCACUUGAGGAAUCAGACAUGACCGGCUUUCGACUCUGUGGAGCCCUGGCCCCGUGCCAGGCAGCGGAGGAGUUUCUGCAGAGUCUGCUGGGCAGCAUCAGCGACCACGUGCUGAGCCUGAAGCACCCCGGCAGCGCCAGGUUCCUGCGGGGCCCCGAGGGGCAGCACCUGCUCCGGGAGCUGGAGGCUCAGUUCCAGUGCGUCUUCGGGACGGAGCGCCUGGCCGGGGACGCCCUGGACACAGACCCCGCAGAGGUGGACCCCACUGAGGCCCUCCAGGCCCUCCCUGGCCAAGCCCACACUCCGUGGCCCCUGGACAGUACAGGCAGAGACCCGGAGAACCUGAGCCUCGAGGAGGUCCGAGAGCUACUGGCCACUCUGGAGGGCCUGGACGGGGAGGACUGGCUGCCCCUGGAGCCUGGGGAGGAGGAACCGGAGGAGCAGCCAGAGGAGGAGCAGCCAGAGGAGGAGCAGCCAGAGGAGGAGCCCGUGGCCCCCAGCACCGGGGGCCCCGAGCACCUGGAGGAGGAGGCGGCGCUGCAGCUGGCUCUCCACCGGUCCCUGGGGCCGCAGGGCCAAGAGGCUGAGCAGGAGGAAGCUGCUGCGUUGCAGCGGGCGCUGGCCCUCUCCCUGCUGGAGCCGACCCCCCUGGAGGCCGAGGAGGAGUUGCUGGGCGGGGGGCCUGGUGGCCAAGCCCAGCUGGUGGUGCAUGUGGCCUUUGAGCAGGACAUGGACGAGCUGGACCGGGCACUCGGGGCUGCCCUGGAGGCGCACCUCCGGGAGGAGACAGUGGCGCUCCGGGGUCACACGCUGCCCGCAGAGCUGCUGGCCCGCCUGGAGCGGCGCCACGGUGUGAGCCUGGCCCUUCACAAUGACCGCGCUGUCCUCCGUGGCUUUGGGGCCCAGCCCACCCGUGCAGCCCGCCACUUAAGGGCACUACUGGCUGGCCCCUGGGGUCAGAGUGUGACCUAUCCUUUGGAGGCUUCGAGCCCCACCGGGCCACAGCAGAGGCCGAAGGGGCCCUGGGGCAGGCUGGAGCGUCUGGCUGAGGACAGCCCCGAGUUCCAGGAGGUGGUGCAGACCUUCUAUGACACCCUGGACUCUGCCCACAGCAGGAUCUGCAUCGUCCGGGUGGAGCGCGUGCUGCACCCGCUGCUGCAGCAACAGUAUGAGCUGUACCGAGAGCGCCUGGAGCAGCGCUGCGAGCAGCGGCCGGUGGAGCACGUCCUGUACCACGGCACGUCGGUGCCCGCUGUCCCCGAAAUCUGUGCCUACGGCUUCAACCGCAGCUUCUGCGGCCGCAAUGGCACGCUCUACGGGCAGGGAGUAUACUUCGCCAAGCGCGCCUCCCUCUCCGUGCAAGACCGCUACUCGCCCCCGGACGCCGAGGGCCACAAGGCAGUGUUUGUGGCGCGAGUGCUGACCGGGGACUACGGGCAGGGCCAUCGCCAGCUGCGGGCGCCCCCUCUGCGCGCCCCGGGCCACGGGCUCCUGCGUUACGACAGCGCCGUUGACUGCCUCCGCCAGCCCAGCAUCUUUGUCAUCUUUCACGACACCCAGGCGCUGCCCACCCACCUCAUCACGUGCGAGCGCAUACCCGGGGUUCCCCUUCAGGACCCCUCUGGGCCCUCGGGCCACUCCCCGGACUCCUAGCCCCAGCGGCCCCUCUCGGCUCUGUCCCGCUCGGCUGGCCUCCUGCUCUCCCCAGGCCCCAGCUGCACACAGCCUUACGGAUCUGCUGCCGGAGCCGCCCCUGCCUCCUGUCGAGGUUCGGGGACCCGGGGAGCAGCGUGGAGGGCUGGGGCGGGGUCCCCUCAGGGGCGCGCCCAGCCACCAGGGGUCAGCAGAGCCCAGGAGGAGGGCUGACGGCCCACACCCUCCGCCGAGGCCACACCUCUCUUAAGCGCGACUCUGUUAUUUGAAUAAACGUGGAACCAGGCAGAGGGACCUGCUGGA